AUGGAGGAAAGCAAUCAAGAUGAAAUCAUUGGUGAAAUCGAGAAUCCGCCAGACACAUCAUCAACUGCCGGAGAAAUUGAUGCGGUUUAUGACGGCACCCCAUCGGCUGUCGUUCACGCGCCUCCAAGACGAAUCGAACUUCUCGAUUGCAAUUCAUUUAAUGCCUUGAUAUUCCAUUAUUAUAGUCAAGGGGAAUACGUUGAAUGUAAAUCGCUAAUUGGAGAAAUAAUGUCGAAAUAUGACGGUCACAAUGAAUUUGCCCUUCAUCUUCGUGGAUGCAUUGCGAGAAUUGAAGGGCAAUUAGAUGAAGCUUUGGAUUGGUUUACGAAGGCUUUCGAAACAAGUGGCAAGAACAAUAAGUAUUAUUACGACAUUGGAAGGGUCAAUUUUCUACUUGGAAGAAACGCGAUUGCCGCGGAGCAGCUUGAAAAAGCCGCGUUGGCUGAUCCAAACAAUCCGAAAGUGAUAUAUUGGCUAGCGCGUACUGUAUAUCACUUGCCAUCGAAGAAAGUCAAAGGGAAAAUGCUGAAUCCGGUGGAGACGGCGAGAGAUCUCAUUCUAAGCUCGCCGCACGUUGCGACCGACACUCAAUUACUACGAUUUCUCGGAAAACUUCUCGAGGAGCUGGACGACGUGCAAGGCGCAAUCGCAGCGUAUCGCAAGGCGCUGGACCUACAGCCAGAUAACACUGAUGUGAUGAUUCGGUUGGGAUUGUUGUACAUGAGAGUAUCGGAUCUUGACGCCGCUUUUCAUAACCUCGGCCAAUGUCUCGCUUAUGAUCCCACCAAUACAGAUGCAAUUCUGGCGGUUGGCGCCAUUAUGCAAUACUAUUCGGAUCAUGACGUAGCAUUGAAUAAAUAUCGAAUCGCCGCCGAAAUAUGUGACUAUAACGGGUGCCUUUGGAACAAUAUCGGAGUCGGUCUGAUGGCGAGAGACAAACUGGCAGCCGCACAUUCUGCCUUCAAAAAAGCAGCAUUUAUUAAUCCAAUGAAUUACAAAAUUAAUUUCAAUUUGGGUGUCUUGCAUGAAUCGAUGUCUCUCAAUUGCUCGGCACUUCAUUAUCUGAAACUCGCCUCUGAAUUGACAACCCCGAACGCGAAGAUUAUUGGUGCAAUGGCUGUUGUUCUUUCUCACAUGAAAGAUUUCUCAAAUGCACGAAAAGCUUACAAAAAGUCAAUCGAGAUGCAGCUCUUACCAUCUGUGCUCUUGAAUUACGCAAUUUUCGAAUACCAUCAAGGAAAUAUGGACGAGGCGUGGAAUGCGAUCGGCGAAUUCCGUAAAUAUCAACAAUCGGCGCCAAAAUGCUCGAAAGAGCAUUUAUCGACGGCGGAUCUGCUCGAAAGUGUUCUCGCGACGUCGACCGGAAAAGAUCCGAACGAGUUCAAGAAUAGAGCUAUCACACAAAGUGAUGUCAUCGCAUAA